CCUUAUGAAAUAUUCAUGUCGAUAUUUUGAAAAUUCGACCCGGCAUCCCUGUUUAUUAUAUUUUUGCUAUUUUUAUAUUGUAUACUGUAGUCGCGGAGUUACGGAAUCGGUUCAUGGGACGCCAUCAUCGAGAUAUUACUCCUAGCAGUCAUUCGUACCGACGUACGGAACGACGCCGGAGUCGGUCAGUCCAUAAGGAAGAUUCAAGAGGCUUUCGUCCCAAUAGUUUCAAACGUGCAUCGCACCAGGCCACCAACGAAUAUCGUCGUUCGCAUGCUAACUGUUUGGGAGUGUUUGGAAUUAGCAGUAACACAACCGAAAGAGAUUUACAUCGAAUAUUCUUACGAUAUGGCGCAAUAGAACGGGUUUUGGUUGUCCGACAUCCAAAUUCAGGCAUUUCUAGAUGUUUCGGAUUUGUAUACAUGUCAAAUCAUAGGGAUGCUGUCAUCGCAAAGGAGCAGUGUGAUGGAAUGCUUUUUGACAAUCGAAAUAUUCGAGUGGACUUCUCUAAAACAAAUAGACCGCAUUCACCAACACCUGGUCGAUACAAAGGGAAUCAAUUUAAACGAGAACGACCAUGUCAAAGAUUUCCAAGUCCUCGUUCAAAGUAUCGCCAAUCCAGAUCGCCAACACCACAUUCUAAACAUCGUUAUAGACGCAUCCGCUCAGAUCGUAAUUAAUAUUGACGCAAGAAUUGGAAAGAACAGUGCGGAGUAUAAC